UAUUUAAUUUUUUCUCUCUCUCGCUCUCUGUUCAUUUUGCCUGGGUGACGUUUCCUCACCAUGUGAUCAGGGCGGUGGUAUAAAUACCGAGAGAAGAUCCACCCCCUCUGUGAUUCAGGUUUGGCCCUUUCGCAGGUUUCCCGGCAACAUUUCUCUGCCCUGGCAUCGACGGGAUCGUUCGUUGAUCGGCGAUAAAUUAAAAGAAAAAAACCCCUUGGAAACAUAUGGAAAUAGCGAGAGGACGGGGGGACAUCUCUCAGCGGCGGCGACACGUGCUCCUCUCCUCUCCCCCUCCUCAUAUGAGUUUUUGAAGAGGGAGGGCAGGGCAGCUUGUGCAUCUCAUCGUCUUCCUCAUCUGGCGUCGGGAGAGGGCACAGCCGUGUGUGUGGAGCCAUGACUCUGAGCUCAGAGAUGUCGGAUGCCUCCAUCCUUUCGGAAGAGACCGACAUCGAUGUGGUCGGAGAAGGGGAGGAUGGGGACAACCAGACGCGCUCCUACGUGGACGAGGUGGCGCAGAUGCACGACGGGAUCCUCCUGGCCGGCUCUCCUCCUCCGUGCCUGGACAGCUCCACCACCACAAGGGAUACCUACAAGCCAGCGGGCAAGAACACCCUGGUGAAGCCCCCUUACUCCUACAUCGCCUUAAUCACCAUGGCCAUCCUGCAGAGCCCGAAAAAGAGGCUCACCCUCAGCGAGAUCUGCGACUUCAUCAGCAACCGCUUCCCGUACUACAGGGAGAAGUUCCCGGCCUGGCAGAACUCCAUCAGACACAACUUAUCCCUCAAUGACUGCUUCGUCAAGAUACCGAGGGAGCCCGGGAACCCUGGGAAGGGCAACUACUGGACCUUGGACCCGGAGUCGGCCGAUAUGUUUGACAACGGGAGCUUUCUGAGGCGGAGGAAACGCUUCAAGCGGCAGCAGACGCAGGACUUGCUGCGGGAACACAACAGUUUUAUCCCCGCCGCCGCUGCUGCCGCGUACGGGUACGGACCGUACGGCUGCGGAGGUUACGGCAUCCAGCUCCAGUCCUACCACACACACUCUGCGCUUUUUGCUUUUCAGCAGCAGCAGCAGCAACAGCAACAUCAGCACUCCAGGCAUUCACAUUCACACACGGGAACCAUUAUCCCUGCACCGUCUUUGAUGCCCACCACCACGGACUUAGCCAGGAGUAGGUUUUACCCUCAGCUCAGCUCCAGCCUGAGCUCAGCCAGCGUGCAGGCUACAACCCCGGCGCAGAAGUCCAGCUCUCCGGUGCAGCGGUCUCCCUUCUCCAUAGAGAGUAUCAUAGGGGGGUCACUGAGCCCCUCCAGGACUUCUCCGGUCCUUGUCCCGGUCUUACCGUCCUCUCUGGGGCCUCCAGCGGUCACCCAGCCGCAGACCGUCCAUCCCGGAACUGUUUUACACCCGGCUGAAAACUUUCCGAGCAGAGUGGUGAGCGGCACCAGCGGCUGCUAAAUGUCUUAAACUUUUCAAGAAACUUUAAAAAAAAAAAAAAAAAGAAAGAAAGAAAGAAA